AUGCCGGCUGCGUUCGAGUUCAUCGCGCUUCGCCCCAUCGGCUGGCUCGACUCGCACAUGUCUCUACGCCGCCCUCCGACCGCCGUCGCCCUCCAGCCCUCGGACGUCGUCGACCUCCAAGCCGCGAUCGCUCAACGCGACGCCGACGCCGCGGCCGCCUCGUCGUCCUCGGCGACGACCAGCACGGGCGCGACCGUGGGCGCAGGGGACGCUGUGCUCGAGCGCGAGCAGCGCGAGGAGCGCGAGCGGCAGGCGAGAGGUGCCCGGGCGAGGGUCGUCGGCGGUGGCACGGCGUGAGCGGACGAGCUCGUUGCGAGGACGAGACCGUGAGAGAUCCACACACGCCCCUCACCACCCGCUCCCCCCGAACCUUCCGCUCGCCCUUUCGCUCGCCCACCAACCUCGCGCCAGAGCCUCUCGCCCGACCGUCAAGCCCCAACCGCCUCCAUCGGCCCAGGCGCAACAGGAUCAGGAAGGCCGGGCAGGAGCGGGUGGAUCGUCGACAGGCGCGAGCGGGCGGGGCGCAGGCUCGGACGCGGCGGACUCUCUCACGACGACAGCGGGCGAGUCGGUGUCUGCGUUGCGGGCCGAGCGUCGAGGCGAGUCGUGCAACGCCGUGGUCCGCUCUCCCGUC